CCCUGUUUCUUUCAUUUUUAACUAGUUCUUUUUGAAAAAUAGAUAGAAAAACGAAAAAUAUUUCAAAAUCCAGGACAAGUAAGGAAAAGAAAAAAGAUUUUCUUAUUCUUCACGUCCAGGAUUACGUCCCGGAUCAUUAGAUAGGAAUCCGAAGAUGAAAAGAGAAACAAAGAAUAUCACUAUCGUGUAAACAAAUAGUUUUAGAGUAAGCAUUACAAAAUCUCCAAGAUAAUUAAAAAAAACGACAGAGAAAGAGAAUAGAUUCUCUUCUAUUUCAUAUUAUGUUUCCUUUGAGACUCAGUUUAUAAGAAAUGAAGUUAUUUCAAAAAAACUUAAGAAAUUGGUUUGUAGUAAGAGUUGAGCCUUUUUUACCAUUACCAAAAAUUGUAUUUCAUAUCUACAAUCAAGAUCCACGUAUUGGUGGUAGACUCAAAUCGAAUAAUAGAAUUUUUAUUUUUUAAUGGAAAAAAAGGAAAUGAUGAGAUGAUCCAUAUUUUUAUUGUCUAUCCAAAAAUUGCAAGAUUUGUAAUCACGGAUUCACACUGUAAGACUUAUCUGAUCUUUAAAAAUAUUCAAAUUUGAGUUUUCUAAUAAAUUCUGACUUUUUUUAGGACAUUAUUCAAAUUAAAUAUCUUAUCGAAAACUUACAGCAGCUUGCCAAACAAAAGCUAAGAGAAAAAAGAGUAAGGGUAUUACUGGCAUAAAAUCUACAAUUGGAUUCAAAAAAGCAUAAGCUUCAGGUAAUUUCCCCAAGAAAAAACUACUUGAAUAAAGGGCAGAGUUAAUACAAAUACAGACCAAGCUAAAGAUAUUAAGCAUAACAAAAAUGUUGUUCUUUAAGAAAAUGAAUUGUAUUUUUAUUUUUUUUAUUAUCUUCUUAUUAUAUAUAUUAUUAUAUAUAUGAUAUGAUUUAUUAUAUAUAUAUAAUUUAUUAUUAUCCACUUUUUUUGUAUUAUACUUUUAUAUUCACAAUGAAAUAUAAAAGUAUAAUACAAAAAAUAAAGGUUUAUUUUAUUUUCUAUUUAUAUUACAAUAGAUAAUAUAUAGAAUAGAAAAUGGGGCGUGGCCAAGCGGUAAGGCGGCGGGUUUUGGUCCCGUGAUUCGGAGGUUCGAAUCCUUCCGUCCCAGGUGAAACCGAUUGAUGAUAUCACCAGUUUUCUUCAUGAAGGCAUAAAAAGGCUUCUUAUACGUUUCUAGGGGAGGGGAUAUAUUGUUCAUCUAAAGUUGCUCAACCUACAUAUUAGGAAAAAGUCAAUAAAUAAAGUUUAUCGAUAAAUACCGUAGACCCUAUAAGCUUUUUUACUUAUUUUCAAUUAGUAUAUUUAGAAAAUAUACUAAUUGAAAAUCGAACAAUGAUUAUGAUUAUGCUAUUCUAUUCAUCUAUAAUAUUUUCAUUCAUCUAUCAUAUUUUCAUGUAAAUGGAGGAAAAAAAGAAAAAUCUAUGCAAAGAAAGUGGUUCAAUUCAAUGAUCUUUAAUAGGGGUUUAGAAUACAGGUGUGGUUUAAGUAAAUCAAUAGAGAGUUUUGGUCCUAUUGAAAAUAACGGUGUAAAUUAUAAAUGAUAAAUGAUAAAUGAAGACCCAUCUAGUUUAACUGAUAUGGAUAAUAACAUUGAUAGCUGGAAGAACAAUAGUGAAAAUUCUAGUUAUAGUCAUGCUGAUUCUUUAGCAGAUGUCAGCAACAUAGAUAAUUUACUAUCUGAUAAAAUUUUUUCAAUUAGGGAUAGUAAUAGCAAUAUAUAUGACAUAUAUUAUGCUUAUGAUACUAAUGAUACUAAUAUUACUAAAUAUAAAUGGACUAAUAACAUUAAUCGUUGCAUUGAGAGUUAUCUUCGUUCUCAAAUCUGUGAGGAUAUUGACUUUAAUAGUGACAUUUGCGAUAAGGUCCAAAGGACUAUUAUAAUUUUAAUAAGGAGCACAAAUGAUACAAAUGAUAUAUCAGAUACAAAUGAUAUAUCAGAUACAAAUGAUACAAAUGAUACAAAUGCGAUAUAUGAUCCAUUUGAUAUAUCCGAUACAAAUGAUACAAAUGAGAUAUACGAUCCAUUUUUUAUAUUAGAUAUAAAUGAUACAAAUGAUACAAAUGAUAUAUAUGGUAUAUACGAUCCAGAUGAUAUAUAUGAGACUAAUAUAAAGGAUAUAUGUGAGAGAUAUAGUGAGAUAUAUCCUAGAAAUAGAGAGAAGAGUACUUUUGUUCCAAUAGAUUAUAGCGAUCCCAAUUGUAUGGAAAAAUUAGCUCGUUUAUGGGUUCAAUGCGAAACUUGCUAUGGACUCAAUUUUAAGCAAUUUUUCCGACCCAAAAUGAAUAUUUGCGAACACUGUGGCGAGCAUUUGAAAAUGAGCAGUUCAGAUAGAAUCGACCUUUCGAUUGAUCGAGAUACUUGGAAUCCUAUGGAUGAAGACAUGGUUUCUGUGGAUCCCAUUAAAUUUGAUUCGAUUAAAGAAUUGGGUUCGGAAGAGGAAUCUUCGAAAGAUCGUCUGGAUGAAGACAUGCUUUCUCCGGAUCCCAUUGAAUUGGAUUCGGAAGAAGAAUCUUCGAAAGAUCGUGUGGAUUCGGAAGAGGAAAAAGACCAAUCUUAUAUCGAUCGUCUUGAUUCUUAUCAAGAAAAGACAGGAUUACCGGAGACGGUUCAAACAGGCACAGAUCAACGUGAGGAAAUCCAUCCGUUGUUCGAAGAUAUUAUGAAUCAACUUGACUUGUAUUUGCAAACUGCGAAAAAUCGUGUGGAUUCGGAAGAGGAAAAAGACCAAUCUUAUAUCGAUCGUCUUGAUUCUUAUCAAGAAAAGACAGGAUUACCGGAGGCGGUUCAAACAGGCACAGGUCAACUAAAUGGUAUUCCUUUAGCACUAGCUGUUAUGGAUUCUGAGUUUAUAGCGGGUAGUAUGGGAUGCGUAGUGGGUGAGAAAAUAACUCGGUUGAUCGAAUAUGCUACCAAUCUACUUUUACCUCUUAUUAUAGUAUGUGCGUCCGGAGGAGCGCGUAUGCAAGAAGGAAGUUUGAGCUUAAUGCAAAUGGCUAAAAUUUCUUCUGCUUUAUAUAAUUAUCAAAUCAAUCAAAAGUUAUUCUAUGUAGCGAUACUUACAUCUCCGACUACUGGUGGGGUAACAGCUAGUUUUGGGAUGUUGGGGGAUAUCAUUAUUGCCGAACCUAAUGCAACCAUUGCAUUUGCGGGUAAAAGAGUAAUUGAACAAUUGUUGAAUAAGGAAGUGCCUGAAGGUUCCCAAUCGGCUGACCUUUUAUUCGACAGGGGCUUAUUGGAUGCAGUCGUACCACGUCAUCUUUUAAAGGAGUUUUUAACUGAGUUAUUUCAGUUCCAUGGUUUCGUUCCUUUGACUUAAAAUUGGACUGAAAAUGAAAACUAAUGCAGACAUUUUAUUUAUGUUUUUCAAAUUUGGUGACGAGAUCCAAUCCGAGUAGAUAAGAGGCUAUGGCUAUGAUACAAAAAUAAAAUUAGAACACACAAGAGUAAAGUAAUAAGAUAAGAAUAAAAAAUAAUAGGUAUAAAGAAAAUAUGAAAUUGAGGUAUCCCAUUUUAUGAUAAACUUACCAUCCCUUUUUGUUCCUUUAGUAGGCCUACUAUUUCCGGCAGUUGCAAUGGCUUCUUUAUUUCUUCAUGUUGAGAAAAGACUUUUAUUUUCCACAAAAAAAAUCAACUAAAUAUAUGAAAAAGAUAACUCAGAAUAUUCGAAGGAUUACUAUAAUAUAUAAUAUAUAUAGUAGUCCAAUUUUUGUACGAUGGGACUGUAGAGGGUAUUAUAGUAACUGUUUUAUCGCUUGUUUUUGCUAGAAAAUUAAUUUGUUGGGCAGAAGGUCUUCCUGCAUAUCGUUUAGAAGACUCAUGGAUUGCCUUUGUAGCAGGGUCCCAAAACAGUUUCACUAUUUUGUGUGGUUCUUUCAAAUUUUUACAUUCAUUUGGGAGGAAGUUUUUCGCUUACAUUCAGAUGAAGUUGUCCAGUGUGCCACGAGAAGAAAGGGUCAGGCUGCUUUUGUAUGCAAUUGUAAAGAUCUUUCUAACGUUAUAUCGAAUGAGAUUUAGUUGUCGUUCCGGCUUUUCUGGAAGAGAUCGUUGUAUUAUUCCCAGAGUUCCUAUGAACGCUAGUCAGUGCCUCAUACAAAAAACUAACCCAGAUAGUAAUGAUGUCCUUGUCCUUUCUAUGAAAACCAGAGAAAGAGAAAAGGGGACCAUUCCCUUGAGUUCUAUUAAUGCUAGUCCUCCACGCAACCGUCUAAAAAAAGUGUGGAGUUGCCCAGAUUAUUGAGUGGACGAAUAGAAAAUGUUCCACCGAAGGACGAAUAAAAAAGCGAGAAUAGUCUAUAAUAUAUCAAUUUAUAUGAAAAAAUGAAAAAUUGAUAUAUUAUAAGCUAAGCUGCUCUAUUACUUGUAUUUACUUGUAAUAGAACUUAUGGAUUAUUAUUAUAUAUACAGUUGAAAAAUAAGAUGAAACUGAGGACGAAAAAUGGCAAAAAAGAAA